AACCAACCCUCCCGUCUCAAUGGCCAAAGCUAUCAUUCUUCUUCUCGCAUAAAAAUUCCAACCACAUUCAAGACAAAAUCUACCGCUAACAACACUCACUCGAUUCCACCCACCUAGGCCAUACGCACACACACCCUUUUGCAAUCCCUGCGUCUCCCAAAUGGCGAAGUCGUCGACGUCGUCGCCUUCGUCGUCGGCAAUUAGAAUAGAAGACUACAAGCACAGUCCCGUCCACUAUGCCGUUGCACUUGGAGACCAUACCACCCUCUCCCGACUCCUCUCUUCCCUUCCGUCACUGGCCGAUCCCUCCCAAAUUCACACCGAGUCGGACUCGCUUGCCCAGGAAAGAGUAGCCGACCAGAUCUCUUCCAUCCUCGACCGCCGCGACGUUCCUCAUCGUGAAACCCCUCUCCACCUCGCCGUCCGUCUCAACGACUCUUUCGCCGCUCGUACCCUUGCUGCUGCCGGUGCCGAUGUUUCCCUUCAGAAUGCCUCUGGAUGGAACCCCUUACAGGAAGCCGUGUGUCGCCGCAGCUCCGAGAUCGCUCUCACUCUGCUCCGCCUCCACCACCGUUCCGCCUGGUCUAAAUGGCGCCGUAGACUCCCUCGCCUCGUUGCGGUUCUUCGAAGAAUGCGAGACUUUUACAUGGAGAUCUCCUUUCACUUCGAGAGCUCCAUUGUCCCCUUCGUCGGCAAGAUCGCUCCUUCGGACACUUAUAAGAUUUGGAAGCGUGAUGGCAAUCUCCGUGCCGACACUUCUCUCGCCGGAUUCGACGGUUUGAAGAUACAACGGGCUGAUCAGAGCUUUUUGUUCCUUGGAGAUGGCGACCGAGAUUUUGGUGUCCCCUCUGGCUCUUUACUAGUACUCAAUCGCGACGAGCGGAAGAUAUUCGACGCCUUCGAAAAUGCUGGUACUCCAAUGUCGGAGGCCGAUGUUGCCGGAUUCUGUUCGCAGACGAGUGUUUACCGCCCUGGCAUGGACGUUACCAAGGCUGAGCUGGUAGGGAGAACGAACUGGAGAAGGCAAGAGAGAACGGAGACCGUUGGAGAGUGGAAAGCCAAGGUCUACGAGGUUCACAACGUUGUCUUCAGUUUUCGAACAAGGAAAGUCGUCGAUGCAGCCGGAGAUGUCGCUGGGGGAGAGCAGGUUUUGCCGCUAGAGCUCGAUGAGGACACGGAAGAAGGAUUUUUAGUUGCAGAAAAUCCAAGCUUGGGUUUCCCAGACCGUCGACGUCACAGUAGUUUUGUUCGAGAGGACAGAGAAUGGAUUGCGUUCGGGAGGAAGAGCGUCGACAUUCCUUCAGCAAUUCCAGAGCGGCGAAGAAUCCCCACGGCGGCGCCACCACCAAAUAAGGAGAAAGAGUACGUGAAGAGUCUUCGUCCCUCGGUCUGGUUAACGGAUCAGUUUCCGCUGAAGACGGAGGAGCUUCUGCCAUUAUUGGACAUUCUGGCAAACAAGGUGAAAGCCGUUAGACGUCUGAGGGAGCUCUUAACUACGAAAUUCCCGCCGGGGACAUUUCCGGUGAAGGUUGCAAUUCCGGUGGUCCCCACGGUGAGGGUGGUGAUAACGUUUACAAAGUUUGUUGAUCUGCAACCGAUGGAACAGUUCUUCACGCCGCUGUCGAGCCCAAGGCACCUUUUACAGGUGGGAGCUGCAGAAGAGCAGCAGCAGCAAGCAGAUAGCCACACAUCGUCGUCAUCGUGGCUACGGCGGAACAUCAACGGUCAGCCGGGGAGCAAGCAGCGGUGCAGUUCAGGUGCCCAACAGACGGAUCCAUUUGCAAUCCCAAGUGAUUACUCGUGGACAAGCAUCGAUGACAAGAACCGCAAGUUGAAGAAAUCAAAAUCCAUCAGGAAAUCAGCCAAGCCGUGAGGAGGUGAUAAAUGAUGUCUUCCGUGCUAACCCCAACCCCAUAAUAACAUGUACAUAUAGCCCUCCCAAGUCCCAACCAAC